GUUUUCCGGCAUUUAAAUUUAGGAUAUAUAUAUAUAUUAAAAAAAACCCUGCCCCUAACCUACAUCAUAUUUCCUUAUUUCCACAGUUUCUUCGCUUUACAGCUUCCCAAACCUCUCAGGUGAAGAAAUAUGGCAGGAAAAGGUGGGAAGGGGCUUUUGGCGGCGAAAACAACCGCAGCUAACAAGGACAAAGACAAGGACAAGAAACGUCCUGUUUCUCGUUCAUCUCGUGCCGGAAUUCAGUUCCCAGUGGGUCGAAUCCAUCGUCACCUAAAGACUAGGACAUCUGCACACGGUAGAGUCGGUGCCACAGCUGCUGUUUACUUGGCCUCCAUCCUCGAGUACCUAACAGCCGAGGUUCUCGAGUUGGCCGGAAACGCUAGCAAAGAUCUGAAAGUGAAGAGAAUUACUCCAAGGCAUCUGCAGCUUGCCAUUAGGGGUGAUGAAGAGCUGGACACCCUUAUCAAGGGUACCAUUGCUGGAGGUGGUGUCAUCCCUCACAUCCACAAGUCCCUAAUCAACAAAACUACCAAGGAGUAGAUAUAUCUGAUUCUAACUAGAUCGUACGAGUUUGGACUACUUUUUUUUAAUCUAUUAUGUGUUUAAUGACUGCUCGUAGGCUUUAAUUUAGUGGAGCUAAUACAUUUGGUCUGUAACUCAGUAUAUAUGUUGUAAUUCUCUAGGCUUGUUCCUGUUGAGCUGGG